GCACCUCACUCUACUCGUAGGUAUUCCCCGCAGCUAAAUCCCCCCAGCUAUCUAUUCUCAACACUUUUCUUGGUUCAUAGAUAAUCUCACCAUCUAUAAUCCCACCUUUUCGUAGUUGCAGUUAUGGACCGGAACCUGCGACUUUCCUCCUCAUUCGACCAUCUUCAGUCGCCCAGGCCGCUGCUUCCGUAACAGAUAAUCCAUUCCUGCGACCUCAAUAACCGCAAUUGAUCAUCCCCCCAAAUUCCUCACCCACCUCCCAUACUACAACUUCCAAUCGUGUAUUCUUCCCCAACCACAUAUCUAUCGGCCAUUGGACCAUCCGCGUCCCUGGCUGCCACUAUCUCGCGCCAUCUUCCAUUCUUCGACAUGUCGACAAUGACCGAUACAGCCAUCACCACGGCCAUGGCCACUCCCUCGGUUCCUUACCCCCGAGACUCGAGUCUCUCCACAAAGUCCAAUGGCAACAACACCACAACCAAGUCGGAACGUGCCUCGUCCUCCAAGGCACAACCCCUCAAAUAUCGCCAUGUAUUCGCGACACAUUCUCUCUCGCGUGGUUCGUGUCUUAGCUAUGACGCGGAGAAGUCACCUAGCUUCGUCGGAUUCAGGAACCUCAUGAUCCUCGUGCUGAUUGUUUCCAAUCUCAGAUUGAUGAUCGAGAACUUUCGAAAGUAUGGUGUUCUGAUAUGCAUUCAUUGCCACGACUACCGACGAACCGACGUUAUCUACGGACUCUUACUAUAUCUCUCCGUUCCCUGCCAACUUUUCGUCGCCUACCUGAUCGAGCUGGUAGCAGCAUGGCACGCCAAACGGACUCUUGCCCGGAUAAAACGAGCGGGCGAUGGUAACAACGCACAUGAGGCGAGGGAGAAAGCAGGACAUAGCGCAGAUACAACAUGGGUUGUGGUAGCCAUGUUCCAUGGCGCACUCGCUACCCUCAGCCUUGUCGUAGCCAGCUUGGUCGUUUUCUACAAGAUACACCAUCCAGGCAUUGGCACGCUAUGCGAGUUCCAUGCCGUCAUUAUAUGGUUGAAGAGUGCCUCGUAUGCUUUUACGAAUCGCGACCUUCGCCAUACUCUCUUGCACCCCGAUGAAAGCGAAGCUCUCCCUGACUUAUACUCCUCUUGCCCAUACCCUCAGAACAUCAAUUGGGGCAAUUUGUGCUAUUUCUGGUGGGCGCCCACCCUUGUCUACCAGCCAGUAUAUCCACGAACUACGACCAUCCGUUGGGGCUUUGUUCUUAGGUGUAUGGUCGAGGUCGCUGCCUUGAGCAUAGUUGUAUGGAUCGCAUCCGCCCAGUAUGCCGCACCCCUUCUGCAGAAUUCGCUUGACAAAAUCUUCCAGCUGGACUUUGUCUCCAUCACUGAGCGGGUGAUGAAGCUCUCCACCAUUUCACUCUUCUGCUGGCUCUGUGGCUUCUUUGCGCUUUUCCAGUCCUUCAUGAAUGCAUUGGCAGAAGUGAUGAAAUUUGGUGACCGCGAAUUCUACGGCGACUGGUGGAAUGUGGGUAGCGUCCGCACGUACUGGACGACAUGGAACAAGCCUGUGACCAACUUCAUGCGUCGACACAUCUACGCUCCGUUAGUGGGUCGUGGGGUCCCACCUGCAGCAGCGCAAAUAAUUGUAUUCUUCAUCUCGGGAGUCUUGCACGAGCUCCUCGUUGGUAUCCCCACACACAAUGUUCUAGGCGUCGCCUUCGCUGGCAUGAUGUUCCAAAUUCCUCUCAUCGUCCUCACAGAUGUGAUUCAAAAGAUCAAAGGUAUUCGCGGUAAAGUCGCCGGCAACAUGAUCUUCUGGGUGUCGUUCUGCCUCGUGGGCCAGCCAUUGGCAGCCCUUCUUUAUUUCUUCGCGUGGCACGCCAAGUAUGGCAGCGUCUCGAAACAAUACGCAUCGAGUCCUGUUCUGCCGUACCUUCGUCGCUGAAUUUUCAUAUACAUAUGUGUAUAAUGUGUAUAACGCACGGCACCGUCCUUCACUUUCGGUACAUUUUUUCUUAUCGUUGCAUUUCAGGGGUAUACACUGGACUCAUUGGCUACUGAUCAAUACUAGGCGUCCUCUUUUUUAUAUCAUUCGUCGGUCGAAUAGCAAUUCAUAGACUAAUUCAUCUCACCCGUCCAUCAUUGGACACUAGAUUCCACAUCACUCGCAUGC